AUGGAUGGUUGUGCUUGUCGCGGACGAGGACGAGGGCGUCGUGGUGGUGGACAACAACCGCCGGUUUCUUCUCAGAAUAUUAUUGGAAGAGGAAAUGUUGGACAACCCAGUCCUCGUGUUGCUGUUCAACAGACAUCGAUGGUGAGAGAUUUUGAAAAUCUUGUGAUAGGUUCAUCGACAACGACAUUAGAACCGGUCGUUGCUACGGCUACUGUGGCAGGUCCAAUUCGCCAACAGCCAAUGCAGCAUCUUCCUGUUCAGACAUCACCGGAAGCGAUGGUAGCCUCGCAGCAACAGGCAGCGCCAAUGGCUCCUUCUCAGGCUGUACCGUUGGUGCCUUCGUCUUCGAGGAUGAUUAAGGCACCAACUAGGAAUGGUUUUGGAACUGCUGGGAGAAAAUGUGUUAUUAGGGAAAACCAUUUUCUUGUUGAUAUCGGGCAAAAGGAUCCGCACCAUUACGAUGCGACAAUUGCUCCUGAGGUUACUUCGAAGAUUAAAUGUAGAGAAAUCAUGAAAUUUCUUAUCGAGUCAUAUCGGGCUUCACACUUGGGAAAUUUGUUGUUGGCAUAUGAUGGGAAGAAAAGUGCAUUUGUUGCAAGGGCAUUGCCUUUUGAAUCUAAAGAGUUUGUAGUUAAGAUCGUUGAGAACAAUGGGCGGGAGUGCGAAUUCAAAGUCACUAUAAAAUUUGUUGCCAGAAAAGACGUUCACCAUCUGAAGCAGUUUUUAAGUGGCAGGCAGCCUGAUUGUCCACAAGAGACUAUCCAAGCUCUUGACGUCAUAUUGAGGGAGUCUGCUUCUCAAGGUCGUAAGAUAGUUGGGAGAUCAUUGUUUAGUUGUGAAUUUGGCCACGGUGCCCUUGGUGAUGGAAUAGAGUUCUGGAAAGGAUUUUAUCAGAGUCUCAGACCAACCCAAAUGAGACUCUCACUCAAUGUAGAUAUGUCAGCCCGGGCAUUUUAUCAACCAACGUUGGCUUCUGAGUUUGUAUCAGAAUUUUUCAACAAAGAUAUAACAAGACCACUCUCAAACCAAGAACGUAUUAAGGUGAAAAAAGCUUUGAGAGGUGUCAGGUUGGAAGUUCGGCGCCAGGAUUACAUGAGACGCUAUAAGGUUCAAGAAUUAUCAGUUCAACCACAACCAUCCAUCACCCAACCAACCCAGAAGGUGCAUGUAGAUAUUCCUUCUUCAUCGAGGCAAGCUCCAACAACAGACAAAUUCGAAGAAAUCGUCUCUCAGAUGGAAACGUUAAGGAGAUGUCCGCCAGUGCCUCGAAGGGAACCCUUGAUGAUGGAGAAUAUUCAUCAAUACCUCUACCACGAUCGCGAUGAAUAG